GGAGUAUGGCAAAAUUCCGACUCUCCUUGGUCCAGUUCCUUGUGUCUCCUGUGAAAUCGGACAACCUCAACAAGGCCUGCAAGCUUAUUAAAGAGGCUGCACAAAAAGGGGCUCAGAUUGUUGCGCUGCCGGAGUGUUUUAAUUCACCUUAUGGCACAAAGUAUUUCCCUGAAUAUGCUGAGAAGAUCCCUGGGGAAUCCACGGAGCUUCUGUCACAAGUAGCCAAGGAAUGUGGAAUUUAUCUCAUUGGAGGUUCAAUCCCUGAAGAAGAUUCUGGGAAGUUUUAUAACACAUGCGCUGUAUUUGGACCUGAUGGAACCUUAUUAGUUAAGCACAGGAAGAUCCAUUUAUUUGACAUUGAUGUUCCUGGGAAAAUACGGUUCCAGGAAUCUGAAACACUAAGCCCUGGAGACAGCUUCUCUGUCUUUGAUACCCCUUACUGCAAAGUUGGAGUUGGAAUCUGUUAUGACAUGCGAUUUGCUGAGCUUGCCCAAAUAUACGCCAACAAAGGCUGCCAGCUGCUGGUUUACCCUGGUGCCUUCAACAUGACAACUGGGCCGGCUCAUUGGGAACUUCUACAGAGGGCACGAGCUCUGGACAACCAGGUGUAUGUGGCAACUGCUUCUCCUGCCAGGGAUGAGAAGGCAUCCUAUGUGGCUUGGGGCCACAGCACUGUAGUCAGCCCAUGGGGCGAAGUCAUUGCUAAAGCUGGUUUCGAAGAAACCGUUAUUUCUGCUGACAUUGAUUUGCAGUACCUUGCCGAGAUCCGGGAGCAAAUACCUAUUCGUAGGCAGCGCCGUGACAAUCUUUACACUGUGGAAGAAAAAAAGAACUAAAGACUGUUUUUAUUGGAAAAAGAAUUAUUACCCUUCUCCUUAGUUUCUUGUUAAGAUUUUAUAAUGACUUGGUACAAGCUGUUCCAACAAGUGCUCACAAACCUCAUGGGAAGUUAAAGUUAUAAGUGACCAGCACUCUCUUUGCAACACACUAAUGCUCACAAACAUUAUGGGAAUGUAUGUCUAGUACAUUACUUGUAGUCUGGACUAGUGUUCAUCCAUCUUAAAGGAAAUUCAUGUUGUAUGUAUGGGAAGCUAUGAAUAUAAGUGCCAAGAUUACUUCCCGCAGUACUUAAAACUUCAUGGGGAUUUAUGGUUAUAUGUAAGGGAAGAUACGCGGAUAAGUUUCAAGCCCACUUCCUGCAGCCACACCGAGGCUCGCAGACCUAUAAGUUACAGUUGUGUGUAGGGGAAAUGAUUGGUUUAUGGGUCUACCCCACUUCCUGCAGUCCAUACCUGGGCUCACACACCUUGUUAGAACCUCCAAUUCUUCAUGUUGAUCUCAUUUCCUUCAGUAGAUCAGUGGUCACCAUUUUCUCAUAAGAAGUUCCUGCCUUGAAAUUCCGUGGGCAAUGAAAGCUUUUGGAGGCCACAUAUGGGACCAGGUACUUCGUAACAGCAGCUCCUCAGUUAAUAUUACACCAUACCAAAGUCUGUUUAGGCUGAAGUGUGUCAUGUCGGCUCAUUUAAGAUGUUGAGAUGUGUUACGUGCACCUGUGAUCUUGGACUUACUACAGAGAGUAUAGAAAUGAGAGAGUACAGGGGAUUUCAGAGGUAACAGCUAGUAAGAGAAGCAGGAGGGUGGUGGCUUAAUUAGCAGUCAUGUAAAGGCAUAAUGAGCAAAUAACUGGAUGUAGAAAUGUUGCCUUAUUUUAUCAUUUGCAUUGGUAUAUUUUGCAUUAUAGAACAGAAACUGGAAAUGUUUAAACUAGAAAUGACAUGGUUUCAGUUAUAAGGCAAAUACUCAAUAAUGGUGGGAGUUGUAGUUGAGCAAAAGCCACUGGGUAUAUCAGGUUGCCCAUACUAUUUAGAACAGGCACGGGGAACUGUAAGCCCUCCAGAAGUACUACAACUUUCAUCUGACCCACUGUAGUCUAAUAACACAUCAGAAAUCACAUGAAUCGUAGAAAGGAGUGUCCGGGCCUGCCAGUUACUCAUUGGUGCUGUAGAAAUGAAGGUGUCCCUAAGGGUGAGGGCACACGAGCAGAUUUGGGGAGAUUAGUCGCCCCGGCGACAAAACGCCUCUUCUUCAGGGCCGACAAACUCCCCAUCGGCUAUAAUGAAAACUCACCAGUGGGACGGCACUCGGAUCGCUUCGUUUUCCGAAGAUGCCUCACGAGGAAACUUUGGGCGACUUUGGAAAACAUAGCGAUGCGAGUGGUGUCCCGCUGGCGAUUUUUUUAUUAUAGCGGACGGGAAGGCAGUUCAGGGAGAUUGUUGCCCCAAAAAAAAGGCGAUUUGUCACUGGGGUGACUAAUCUCCACGAAUCUGCCCUUACCCUAAAAGAAAUGUAUAUGUGUUGAUACAAUAGAUUUGUUAUAUAAUAAAAACAAGUUUUAAUGUAA